AUGCGCAGCAACUCUGGGGGGGGGUGGGCUUGCAUCUCCAGGGCCCUUUGCUCUUUCAUCCUGCUCACGGACACGUACCAAGAUGCUACAUUCCCAGUCAUUGCCAACAAGUGCAACUUCGAGCUUUGGUUCGUCUCCGCCUGGCUUGUGGGUCUCGGAGUGGGGCUGAUGCAGGUUGUGGUGCAACUCCUAGUACUGGCAUACAUGGCGCUGCAGUACAAGUGGGCAACCACUCCCGAGGAGCGGGACAGGCUCCUAGUGCAGGGGGCCUUCACGGCGCUCCGGGGCUCUGACAACCUGGUCCUUGUUUACGCCGUGCGCCCGGCAGUGGAGGAGCGUCUUGGUGGCGCAAGCUCAUGGGCCAUGAAGCUCUCAGAAGCGCGGAUUGCCUUCCUCCGCUUCAUCUUCGAGGAUGUGGAGCAGAGUGCCUUGCAAGCCGUCUUCUUGAUUUUCUACGAUGAGGCGGCAUUUGCGGACAAGUUAUGGGUGACGACCUCCAUCGCCACCUCUCUUCUGCUGUCUUUCACCAUUGUGGUCCAGUGCAUCCCGGAGGUUCGAGACUGGCUUUGGUACAGGCAGGAUGUGAACCUAACUGUGCUUCAGAUUGCUAGCUUGGAAGGAAGACUUACGGAGCAAAGCCGUGUCAACCUGAAGCCUCGUGCCAUCCCAUCUUCGUGCAAGGGUGCUCGCCGCCUUCCCGUUGAUUCCGCUUUUGCGGAUCCCGUGGUUCGUGUUGGCCGUCCUGCUGUAUCGCUGCUCGGUUGUGAUUCCAACGGCCUGACAACGCUUCUGGGUCUGGAAGCGCGCGAGAAAGUCGUUGAGGACACCAUCACAAACUCGACCAUAGGCACCUCAUGGUCUCCGGGCGUCGCCAUCAUCUUGUCAACGGUUGCCUUGGCCUCCUUCGCCUCUCAGCUGACACGGGACGUGGGGAACAUCAAGCGACAGACGCUGGAGAAAUUGGAAAGCUACUUGGGGUCAUACUCCUGCUGUAGCUUUGAAGAAAUGCGCGCCGUGGGUGAGCAUGAUGCAAAGGAUGGGGCCCUCCUGCGCCCAGUGGUGGACUCCGACGACGACCUCUGGUUGGAAGUUCAGGCCAAAGCCCGCUCGGAGAAGUGGUGGGCAGCCCCCUGGUUGCUGAUAGGGGAGGAGGGUACGUGGUUUACCAGAGAAGAGUUCAACGUAGCUCUUGAAGUGAAGUUGCACAAGCUGGAGUACCUGGUGCGCAGCAUCGACAGCGGGGCUUCCUGGCUCUCCGCGUCACUUCCUUUCUACCAUCGGUAUCUGCACUACCAGAUGCCAAAGCGCUUGCGCUCUCUGGUAGACCUGGCAAACUCAACUGGCCUGGAUGCAUCCACCCUGACCAGUGUUUACCAACUCCGGACAAACGUCAGCCAUGCCUUGCGCAUUGCUAGCGUGCGCCAGCACGUGCAGCAGCUCCUCUCAAACCGCCACUUCGUGAAGGCUGGCUUGGAGAAGAAGUCUUGGUGGAUUCUGGACUGCCCAGAGGCACCGCCUCUUCGGCUCAUCCAUUGGUCUAAGAUUGCGGCUGCGGGACAGCUUCCCAAGUACAACGUGGAUUCUGGAGGCGCCACCUCUGUGGAGGAGCUUCUGGAUGAAGUGGAAGACGCCGAGCAGCAAAAGAAGCACAGCAUGAGCACUCAGAUUUGCAUCUGCUAUCAUCAUUUUGACCGCCUGGGCGUUGGGCGGGAUGCCGCGGAGCGUCAGCUAGUCGUCUUCCUCCUCUCACACCGAUGGCUGCGCACAGCGGGAGUCCAGAAGGGCCACCCCGACUCUAUGGAGAACAUCAAGGCCAUUUCCAGGUUUUGGGGAGACCUGCUGUCCAAUGAGUACGUCAAUGGGUUUCCCCUUUGUGAGACAUUGACUCCUUGCCUUGGUAGUAAGACCAUGAAGAAGAAUCCUUUGCAUUUGACAGCAGCAUCCGUCCAGCCUUGGAGGAAGACAUGCCCCGCAAGCAGCAAACAGAAGAGCAGUGUAAUUGAAAGCUCUUGUUGUGUUUUGGAAAUGCCAGAAGUUGGCUAA